AUGACGUUGUUCUUGUUGGUGGUUCUACUAGGAUUCCCCAAGGUGCAGCAAUUUUUGCAGGACUUCUUCAAUGGCAAGGAGCUCUGCAAGUGUAUAAACCCCGAUGAGGCUGUUGCUUAUGGUGCUGCUGUUCAAGCUGCAAUUUUGAAUGGUGAGGGCAAUGAGAAGGUGCAGGACCUUCUACUUUUGGAUGUUACUCCUCUCUCCCUCGGGCUGGAAACUGCAGGCAUUCCUCCUGCACCUAGUCCCUUUCCUCAAAUCACAGUUUGCUUUGACAUUGAUGCUAAUGGUAUCUUGAAUGUGUCUGCCGAGGACAAAACCACCGGGCAGAAGAACAGGAUCACAAUUACCAACGACAAUGGUAGACUUUCAAAGGAGGAUAUUGAGAAGAUGGUUCAGGAAGCAGAGAAGUACAAGUCUGAGGAUGAGGAGCACAAGAAGAAGGAAGAAUGCUUUGGAGAACCAUGCAUACAACAUGAGGAACACUAUUAA